AUGGCAGGAUUCCCAUCGCCCGGGUCAAAAACUAUCCACGAAGUUGAAUGGAUUCAGAUGAGGUUCCAAGUACAUAGUAGCUCGUCGUCAGCUACGGACAACAUGGUUAGAUGUGGUGUACAACCUAGGUUUUUGGAGGUAGUUCACAAGGAGCAAAAUUGUCGCGUUUCGAGUUGGACUCUCGUGUACUUAAGUUGUGGCAACCUGUUGGCUACCUUGUUAGGGCCACCUAGCCUCACAUGGAACAAAUGGAGACUGUCAGUAUUGAUUGGAAAAUUUGUCAAUGGGCAUAAUGCUCACCCCUAA